AUGUGUGAUACUAGCGUGACUACGUUAGGAGUUGUAUUGGGACAGAAGUGCAACAAGAUGUUCCAUCCGAUUUACUAUGCUAGUAAGUCGCUAAAUGGGACACAACAAAACUACACAGUCACUGAGCAUGAACUAUUGGUUGUAGUGUAUGCGUUUGAGAAGUUCAGAGCUUACCUGCUUGGCACUAAGGUAUUAGCUGCUACUCUUGACCUUAUUCCUUGGUUUGCUGACUAUGCUAUUUUUCUGGUUAGUGAUGUGAUGCCUGAGGGGCUGACAUAUCAGCAAAGGAAAAGGUUCCUGCAUGAUGUAGGCAAGUACUUUUGGGAUAAAUCGUAUCUGUACAGGUUCAUAUGGGAAGAAAUACAUACUGUUGUGGUUGACUAUGUGUCCAAAUGGGUUAAAGCUGUUGCUUUACCUGAGAACGAUGGAAAGAGUGUUGUUGGUUUCCUGAAAAAGAACAUCUUCUCAAGGUUUGGAAUACCCAGAGCCAUUAUCAGUGAUGGUGGUUCUCACUUCUGCAACAAGGUGUUCAGUGCACUUCUGACCAAGUAUGGGGUAAAACAACAUAAGGUGGCAACACCUUAUCACCCACAGACCAGUGGACAAGUGGAGGUUUCCAAUAGGGAGAUUAAAGCAAUCUUGGCCAAGACAGUUAAUGCCAACAUGACAGAUUAG